AUGGCCGCCUCGAUUGCUCCCGAAUGCAACGACAUUAAAGAGAGAUAUGAUACCUGCUUUUUGAAGUGGUAUAGUGAGAAAUAUCUUCGAGGCAACACCUCAUCAAAUGACUGUGAGGAGCUGUUCAAGAAGUAUAAAACGUGUCUGCAUAAAUCUCUCAAAGAGAAAGGCAUCGACACAAUGCUCGAUGAUGCUCGGAAGAGCAGCAGUGAGACUGAUGCCGAGUUUCUUAAAAAGUCAUGA